UGCCCGUGUGGAUUACAGCCGAGUGCGGAGCGCGAGGAACCGCCAGGGUGUGUGUCGCAGCCGCUCGUCUUCGGCGGUUUGCUAGGCUAUUAUGGCGGCGGCGGCGGCGGCGGCGGCUGCAGCGGUUGCGGAGGAAGCGAGCGUGACCGCAGCUGUUUCAGGUGCCGACAGCAAUGGUGAGUCUCCUGAAGUCGAAGGAGAAGGUGUUGGAGCAGUGGGCCAAGAGAAGGACGCAGCCACGAAAGGAGCGGAGGCCGUUGGAGACAGCGAGGAGGACGGGGAGGAUGUGUUCGAGGUGGAAAAGAUACUGGACAUGAAGACGGAGGGGGGUAAAAUCCUUUACAAAGUUCGAUGGAAAGGGUACACAUCAGAUGAUGAUACUUGGGAGCCUGAGAUUCAUCUUGAGGACUGUAAAGAAGUUCUUCUCGAAUUUAGGAAGAAAGUUGUGGAGAACAAAGCUAAGCCAGUCAAGAAGGAUAUUCAGAAACUGUCCUUAAAUAAUGACAUAUUUGAGGCAAAUUCUGAUAGUGAUCAGCAAAGUGAGACAAAAGAAGAUACUUCUCCAAAGAAGAAAAAGAAAAAAUUGAGGCAUAGAGAAGAGAAAAGCCCAGAUGAUCUGAAAAAGAAAAAAGCAAAGACUGGGAAACUAAAAGAUAAAUCCAAACCAGACCUGGAGAGCUCUUCUGAAAGUUUAGUUUUUGAUUUAAGGACAAAGAAAAGAAUUUCGGAAGCCAAAGAAGAAAUAAAGGAAUCCAAAAAGCCCAAAAAAGAGGACACAAAAGAAACUAAGGAAUUAAAGAAAGUUAAAAAGGGUGAAGGAAGAGAUUUAAAGGCUAAAAUAAGAGAAGAUUCCAAAGAAAACAGAAAAACAAAAAAAGAGAAAUGUGUUGAAUCUCAGUUGGAAUCUGAAUCAAGUGUACUUAAUGACUCCCCUUCUCAAGAAGAUGACAAUGAAGAUUUUCAUUCUGACAACAGAGAAGAGAAACAGAAGAUUAAAAGUGCAAAAGACAAAGCAGGGCAAGAUGCAAUUCAGGAUGUUUUUGAUAAACAGCCAGAUGGCUCUGUGAGUGCCGAUGAAGAUGCUGAUGUCAAAGCAAAGAGAAAAAGGAAAAAACUGAGAAAGACUGAGGAACUCAGAGAGAGCAAAACACUAGAAAACAGGAACCUUUUCCUAGAGAAGAAACCUAUACAUAAGAAGCAAAGGAGUCAGGACAGAGGCAGAAGCACCACAGAGUUAGAUAAGCUGAUACCUGCACCUGCCCAGACACAGAAGAGUUCAAGAGCAGGUGUGGAAGAGAGAGGCCUCAGGUCUACUGACUCAGCUGGGGAGGAGAAAGAGAUUAAAAAAAAUGAACCCAAAGAAAAAUACCAGAAAAGGCAGGAUUUGGACAAGGAAGAAAAAGGUCGUAAAGAGCCAAAGGGAUUAAAGACAUUUAAGGAAAUCAGAAAUGCAUUUGAUUUAUUUAAAUUAACUCCAGAAGAAAAAAAUGAUUUUCCUGAGACUAAUCGGAAAAGAGAAGAAAUACCACUAGAUUAUAAAAUCACAGAAGAUCACAAAACCAAGGAAAACAAGCAGUUACUUAAAGAAAGGAGAAAUACAAGAGACGAAACUGAUACUUGGGCUUAUAUAGCUGCAGAAGGUGAUCAAGAGGUUCUGGACAGUAUGAGCCAAGCAGAUGAGAAUUCUGAUGGCAGACAACAGAUUUUGAGUUUGGGCAUGGACUUGAAGUUGGAGUGGAUGAAAUUAGAAGAUUUUCAAAAGCAUCUUGAUGGGGAAGAUGAGAGUUUUACUACAGCAGAUGCAAUUCCGAGUAAUUUAUUGAGGGAUGCUGUGAAAAAUGGGGAUUACAUUGCUGUGAAGGUUGCACUUAAUUCAAAUGAAGACUAUAACCUGGACCAAGAGGAUUCAAGCGGGAUGACCCUGGUGAUGCUCGCCGCAGCCGGAGGGCAAGACGACCUUCUGAGGCUCCUCAUCAGGAAAGGGGCUAAGGUGAAUGGCAGACAGAAGAAUGGGACCACCGCCCUCAUUCACGCCGCCGAGAAGAACUUCCUAACUACAGUGGCUAUUCUUUUGGAAGCAGGAGCUUUUGUAAAUGUCCAGCAGAGUAACGGUGAGACUGCUCUAAUGAAGGCCUGUAAAAGAGGAAAUUCUGAUAUCGUACGACUUGUAAUUGAAUGUGGAGCUGACUGCAAUAUUUUGUCAAAGCACCAAAAUAGUGCCCUGCAUUUUGCGAAGCAGUGCAACAACGUGUUGGUGUACGACUUGCUGAAGAAUCAUUUAGAGACACUUUCAAGAGUAGCAGAAGAAACAAUAAGGGACUACUUUGAGGCACGUCUUGCUCUGUUAGAACCAAUCUUCCCAAUAGCAUGUCACCGUCUCUGUGAGGGGCCAGAUUUUUCAACGGAUUUCAAUUAUAAACCCCCACAGAACAUACCAGAAGGCUCUGGCAUCCUGCUGUUUAUUUUCCAUGCAAACUUUUUGGGUAAAGAAGUAAUUGCUCGGCUCUGUGGACCGUGUAGUGUGCAAGCUGUAGUGUUAAAUGAUAAAUUUCAACUUCCGGUUUUUCUGGAUAGCCAUUUUGUUUACUCGUUCAGCCCUGCUACAGGCCUCAAUAAACUCUUCAUAAGGUUGACGGAAGCGCCUUCUGCCAAGGUGAAGUUGCUGAUAGGCGCAUACAGGGUGCAGCUGCAGUGACGGAACAGAGUCGGGACGGAGUCCUUUCCAGACCUGUUUUAGGACCCUGGCACAGCUAACACCUCCAGAUUUGAAGUUUCAUCUGUAAACCUCUUGCAGUUUCGGGCUGGGUAUCUGUUACGGGCUGUAAGAUGGGACGUGGGGGUUCUAAUAUAUUCUGAAAUAGAGAUGUAUUUGUGCCAGUGUUCUCAAAUCUCGAUGUUGUCUCCAGACUGCAUACUUCGGUUUUUCCACAAUGUGGAAUGGUAUAUAGAAUUAUUUAAGAAAAUUAAAAGUCUCUUUUCUAACUUGAAAUUUUCUACUAGCCCUGGUGAAUUUCUGCAUUAAAAACAAGUCUGUAUAUGCCAAGCACUAAGUAAGGGGCGAAUUUGCUGGCCUCGAAGGAUGACUUCUCUGACUUGGUAGGCAGGUUCGAGGGAGGCGGUGUGAGGUCUAAUCUGCAGUUGCCAUAGGUCCUGAAUUGGAGGUGACAACUUUUUGUAUUUGCAGUUACCCUUUAUUCCGGGAAAAGAUAAAAGAAGAUACGACUCACAAACUAACUUUUAUCCUUGUUCUUAGAAUCCAUCAAGUAAUUUUUAAAAAGCAGAUCUUGUGCCCUCGUUACGAACGCUGGGAAGGCAGCUGAGGUUUGUCCGCCACACUGGGCCUCAUGUGAAGAGCUAUCGUCUCUACAGAUUCCCCACAGGUGUUAAAUUCUCUUAAGAAAUAUUUGGCAAACUAGUAAGUCAAAGUCCAUCUGGACUACAGAGAUGUACAAAAUUAUUUAGUUCCUGAUUGGUUUUAUAAUUGUUUGAAUUACAAUUUUCAUGAAAAUUUCAAAAGGUCACAUAUUUGACCACAUUGUACAGAUAUUUGAGAGAGCCGUUUUUACUUUACAGCACUAAAACGGCCUUUUCCUACAGUUUUCUCAAUAAAAUACCACAAUGUUGGUCUGUUUUCUUUGUAUCUCAAGUCUCAAGACUUCAAGGUGGAUACUAAUGUGUAAUAUUUUUAACUAAAUGACAGCUGGGAUUGGAAUUUUUUCAGCUAUAUUGAAUCAUGCACUAGUACUGUGUCUAGUACUUUCUAGAAAAAUCACAAGACCGAGCAGCAGUGGAUAGGUCAGGAACAGCAAGGGAGACAGUACCUUAAUCUAAUACACACUAAGAGAUAUGGGUUUUUAAAGAAAAUCUGUUCUGUCAAAAUCAUGCUGAAGAUCUCCAUCAUCAUCUUUAUAAGCACACAUUAUUACAAGGUGAUGUGCUGUUGAUCCAAGAGGUAAGGCCAGGCUAGAAACCAAGGAGAACGACGAGUAGUUCCUUCAGUAGGAGUUUAGGCUCAGAAGGAUGAAAGCUGUUAGAAGUCAGCAAGGAGAAAAAAAAAAAAAAAAUCUUUAACA